AUGCAUUCUUACUUCUUCUAUUUUAGUCACAUAUGUCUUGGAGGGCUGUUUCUUUUUCACCAGAGUCCGGACAUCCUCAGCACCAUUGGCUACGACAGCAUCAUCCAUCAUCUGAACAACGGUCGCAAGAAUUGCAAAGAGUUCGAAGACUUUUUAAAAGAAAGGGCAUCAAUUGAAGAGAGAUAUGGCAAAGAUCUGCUCAACCUCUCUAGGAAGAAGCCCUGUGGACAGUCUGAGAUCAACACCCUGAAGCGGGCCCUUGAAGUCUUCAAGCAGCAAGUAGACAAUGUGGCACAAUGUCACAUUCAGCUUGCACAGACUCUAAGAGAAGAGGCCAGGAAGCUAGAAGAAUUCAGGGAAAAGCAAAAGCUACAACGGAAAAAGACAGAGCUUAUAAUGGAUGCUGCCCAUAAACAAAGGAGCUUACAAUUCAAGAAAACCAUGGAUGCAAAGAAGAACUAUGAGCAGAAAUGCCGAGACAAAGAUGACGCAGAGCAGGCUGUCCACCGAAGUGCCAACCUGGUAAACCCGAAGCAACAGGAAAAGCUUUUUGUGAAACUAGCAACCGCGAAGACAGCUGCAGAAGACUCCGGUGAGGGGGCUCCCCGGGGAUGGGGGAGGGUUGUGGCGUUGGAAGCUCAAGAAUAUGAACGAAUAAACUUCUUUCGGAACGCAUUGUGGUUACACGUGAAUCAGCUGUCAAAACAGUGUGUCACCAGCGAUGAGAUGUAUGAAGAAGUCCGUAAGAGUUUAGAGAUGUGCAGCAUCGAGAAGGACAUUGAGUACUUUGUGAAUCAACGAAAAACUGGACAGAUGCCCCCAGCACCCAUCAUGUAUGAGAAUUACUACUGCCCCCAGAAGAAUGCAGCCCCACCAGGAAAGGCUACGGGGCCGAACUUAGCAAGGAGAGGACCUCUCCCAAUUCCUAGGAGUUUACCAGAUCACCCAGAUUAUUCUUCGGUUGAUGACUACAGUUUGAUCUACCAGUAACAUCAAUGAAAACAGCUUUUUCUGGCUGGUGCUUCUCUGGCACAGAAGGAGGCACUCAGAGAAGCCGAAUCCGUAGAAAUUAUGUCAAUCAUGAGGACUUUGAAGUGAACCCUGCUGUAAUUCUUUGAUAUUUUAAAUUCAUGGUAAACAUUUAGUUUAACUUAGCUAGUAGAGUUCUGCAGUUUCUAAAAGAAGUUGACAAACUGGCCUAGACUCAAGAAUGAAUCCUUCCCCAAUCAGUUACUAAAAUUGUGGAUGAAUUGCAUUUCUUGCUUGAUCCAGAACAGUCUCUGGAUCUGGAGCCUUGACUCUUGGGGGAUGGGGAACAGGGAUGGCUGGAGAGGUGUCUGAGCAUCAGCCUGCACAAGAAGCUCCUAGGGCUUUGGGGCAGUGUGCUAUGGCAUUUCCACAGUGACACACUCUCAAAGGUGCAAGAUUUAAAAUCGCCUUCCUUUUUGGCUGGAAGACUCUGAUCAUACUUUCUCAUUUUACAGAUGAGGAACUGAGACCCAAAAGUGUGAAAUCAAUUUCCUUACUGUUGUCCCAGCUGGUUCUGGACAGAAUCAGAACUAGAGUGCGAGCUCAGCCCACAUCAGUGUUCUUCUAACCCUUCCUGAGGCGCUGAUGCUCAUGUUGAAAUGUAAGACGCCAAAUGUUUUUGCUGGCAUCUUCUCAGUUGGGAGAAUUACCAGGGUUUAAAUGUCAGAUUUAUUUUUAUGUGACUUACUGUGUCUCCUGAACUACACAGCACCAUAUUUAAUCGAAUGGAGAAGCAUCUAGUAUAAAAUAUACUAUCAUAUAUACCACUAAGAAAGAAGGGUGGGAGAGAGUUGACAGUUAACUUGUGAUAGUUAAUUGGCCAAGCCCAUUUGAAUUUGAGAUGCUAAAGUGUGUAAAGAAAAAAGUAUAUCCUAGAAUCAAUGAAAUGUGAUAUUUUGACUAUCAACUGAAGAGAAAUGUAGAGUUACAAAGCCAGCCCUCAGUCCCGGGUCUUCUUUAAAGCAUCAACCUUACCCUUUCACAAAAACCCCGGGUCUUCUUCUGUCCCCCACAAACAACAGGGAGAUUAUGUUCCCUUUGUACAACACUCGCGCACUGAGAAAGCGGUUCAUUUUAGUUCAUGACAAGUUAAAAUAGCACCGGUACUUAUUCAGUAUGUCGUAAAAUUCCAUUCCCACAAGGCAAAUGUUGUCCUCCCCUGCGCUGUGCAGUAGCUUUCCCAGGGCUAUGGGCAAGUUGAUAGAAGAAGCCGGAUUCUUUUCCCUCUUUCCAUGUAAGGUGCUAUUGAAGGUGGCAGCUUCUUGUCAUGACAGGAAGCUUGCAGCAGUUGGAUAUCCUUUUGAGAAAUUGAAGUUUGCAAAGGGCCAUCGACUUCCCCAAAUUGAACGGUCUCAGGACAUUUUCCUUUGAACUCAGCACAUCCUAAGUGCUUUAUUUAUUGUGGGCAACUCCUCAGGGAUUUCACUUUUCUAUUCGUAAGUGUGAUUGAUGUAAAAGAGUUUUAUGAAUUGGCAGUAUUUUUAUUUUAAUUGCUCUUUCAGUUUGAUGUAAGUGAAAUAAAGGUUCUUGGUGAUUUGGGA